AUGGCAUCAAAGACCAGAGACAUCGAUGACGAGCAGCCUGAGGAAGCAUCAAAACCCAGUGCCUCCGCCACCAAGCGCAACGCCUUCUCGGAACUCAUGUCUCCCAAACACAAGCAUCCAAAGCCACACGAAUUCAAGCAUGUCGGCAAGCUCAGCCGCUCCAACGAUCCACGAAAUGGCCUUCUCGCGUACAUUUUGGAGCCGGCCAAGUUCUCCUCGGAAACUGUCAUUUUGUCCAGUGACAAGACGGUGUUGGUUCGCGAUGCAUUCCCAAAAGCUACAGUCCAUCUGCUUCUUCUGCCACGAGACCCAGCAAAACAAACCCUGAAUCCACGGGAUGCCUUGGACGACCAGGACUUUCUGGACAUGGUGCGAACAGAGGCAGCUACAGCUGUCCGGUUGGCGGCAUCGGAGUUGUCCAGACUGAUCAGUCCUUACUCGAAAUCAUGCCAGGAUCGCAUUGCUGCUAUGGAAAGUGAUAACCCCCCAGACGAACUGCCGCCUGGACGAGAUUUCUCUAAGGAAUUCAAAGUCGGAAUCCAUGCGCACCCUUCGAUGAAUCACUUGCAUAUCCACAUCAUCAGCCGGGACAUGCACUCGGAUCGACUGAAGCAUCGGAAGCAUUACAACAGCUUCAAUACCGACUUCUUUAUCCCGCUCGAGGACUUCCCGCUCGCAAAGGAUGAUAUCAGACGCCAAACAAGCUAUCAGAACGCAAAUCUGACCAAAGACUACAAGUGCUGGCGCUGUAAAAAGAUGUUUGGGAAUAAAUUUACUCUACUCAAAGCUCAUCUCGAGGAAGAAUUCAAUGCCUGGAGAGAGGAAUGA